AACCUGGCACCUGGUAGAAUUACACUCCAAAAAUGGAAUUUCAAAAUAAAAGUAGGUCCAGGUGAGAAAACACUGAUUCUUUUUCAGAGAUGGAUAAUUGUGUUGUUUUUCAUGAGUUUGUUCAUCAUUGCUGCUUUUACAGUCUCUCCAACAGCCUGAGACGCCGUGAACCUGAUUGAUAGAUUAUCCUUCUUCCUCAUCAACAUUUCUGACAUAUUUCUAAGAAGAAGUCUACAGGUGAAUUCGUAGAAAAUUACUCCCAUUAUUCCAGUUUGACAUCUUAUUGGCACCAGCUUGAGGGAAGCGACCAAUGAAAAGACGUUUGCUCCGUAUUCCUCGUAUAAAAACAAAGCAGAGGUUUAAUAUUCAUCUGGAGUUCACUCAACUCAGACGGAAACUCAGACGUUUCGACAGCAGAAACUGUCAGGAUGAUCUACUUUACGGUUUUUGCUCUUUUUGCUGCUUUUGCUGCAGCUGAAGUUGAGCCUCAGCAUUACUCGUACUCGCCCUCCGUGGGCUCAGCCAGCGGCUCUGAAUACUCGCUGACUGGAACCCAAAGGAUCACAGCUGUGAGAGUCUGGGAAAACUACGGCGGCAGCAUCAGAGGCAUCCAGUUCAGAUACGGCGCCGUCUGGUCUGAUGUGGCCGGGAACACAUAUGGAACCCUCCAGGAGAUUGAGCUGUGGGACGGGGAAUCCAUCGUGGAGGUUUCUGGGAAGUACAGCUACUAUCUGGAGUACCUGAUUUUCACCACAAACCAGGGGCGCUUCCUGCACGCCGGCCAGCCCGGUGGCUCCUCCUUCAACAUGUACCCCAGUUUUGAAGGGGCGGAGCUUGUCUUCAUCAGCGGACGGCAGAACGGCGCCAUCACCUCGCUGGGAGCUCACUGGGCCGUGGUGGACCCGUCUGCUGCCGAGCACUAAACCUUAAAGGGUCAAAUGAGGAGAGAUUUAUUUGAUCAAUAAUAAUCAAUAAAACAUGUAGAUUUAAUUUAUGUUUUUCAUUGUAUACUAAAUUUGAUUGUGUCUGAGCUGUAUGUUAGAAUUUAGCAACAAAAUGGAGAAACACCCAAAGGAUUAUGGGUAAAACCCAGCGCCUGAUGUAGUAUAAAGUUCAGACCAAAUAUUUCAGUUUAUAAAAAAUCAAUUUGAACAAUUUGUGUUUUAUUACAGUAUUUUGUGUUGAUGUCUCCUGUUUUUGUUGUUGAUUUUUUGAUGUUUUUAUCUGUAAUGAAAAAAGCUGAUGAUUUUAAAAUAAA